GUUCUCUAUUUUGGCUUCAGGGAAAACCAGACGAUUCCAUUCAGAAAUCCACAGUCAAGCUUUGUGUGAGAAGAGCAUAGACGACAACCCUGAAAGAACGUUUGCAACAGCGUGGAGUGAAACAGAACUUAUUUUCAACAUUGCAAAGGAAUUAAAUCGUCGCAAAUAAAGACAGACGAACGAGCGUCUCCUGCUGCUACCGUCAGCCCCUCCUCCCCCUCCACCCCUCCAACACCAACUUCAGUCCCGAGGGAGUGAAGAUAUUCAGGCAACAUGGAUGGAUUUUAUGACCAGCAAGUCCCUUUCAUGGCCCCCUCCAGGCAGAAUUGUCACGUGGAAGAACCAGCGAACACGCCAUUUAACGACCGGAAGAGAAAGUUUGUUGACACUGAGCUCGCCCAGGACACAGAAGAUCUCUUUCAGGACCUCAUGCAACUUCAAGAGACAUGGAUUGCAGAAGCUCAGGUGCCUGAUGACGAACAGUUUGUCCCAGAUUUCCAGUCGGAUAACCUAAUGUUCCAUGGACCUCCAGCCAAUAAAGUGAAGCGAGAGUCCAGCGCCUCCAGAGAUCUGUCCCCCUGCAGUCAGGAACAACAGAGACUCUACACAGACAAGUGCCUUUACAGCUACAGUGCCUACAACAGGAAGCCACUUGGCAUCAAUACUUUAACCCCACCCUCCACACCCGCCUCACCCUGCAGCCCCGCCCCCACCCCGGGGACACACCCCCUACAGAGGCAGAUCACGUCCCCUGUCCAGACAACACACCCCGGCCACAGUCGUCCAACUCACGGGCACAGCCCCUCCCACCACCGGACACUCCCGCCACACCCGAGCCAAAGCCAGCCUUUCGCCGUGCCCCGCCUACCUGUCAAUCACUCCGAUGCCUCCUACAGCUCAGAACACAGGUUCCAGCGGCAGCUCUCUGAGCCAUGUCUGCCUUUCCCUCCGCCUGACGGUGCCGCCUGUACCCCUUACCCCCCUCAGCCCCAUCACUCCCACCGGGCCCCCCUGUCCCGGGACGGCCGCCCCAUCUACCAGCGGCACCUGUCAGAGCCCUUGGUCCUCCUCCCUGCUCAGGGCUUCAAGCAGGAGCUGGUGGACCUCCGUUACACCGAGCAGGGGGUCCCCACCAUGGGCCCUCCCCGCACCCCGUUCCAGGGCCUCUCUAUAAAGCAGGAGCCCCGGGAUUUCUGCUUUGACCAAGAAAUGCAGAACUGCCAGUCUUCUUUCAGGAAGUCCGGUAACUUCUACCAAAACAAUGAUGGGUUGAUCUACGACGGAGAGCCUCAUCUGUACAACGACGACACAUGUGUGGUUCCAGAGAGACUAGAAGGCAAGAUCAAGCAGGAGGCCGGAGUGUUCCGUGACGGACCGCCCUACCAGCGCCGAGGUUCCCUGCAGCUCUGGCAGUUCCUGGUCACUCUGCUGGACGACCCGGCCAAUGGUCACUUCAUCUCCUGGACCGGCCGCGGCAUGGAGUUCAAACUCAUCGAGCCUGAAGAGGUGGCUCGGCGCUGGGGCCUCCAGAAGAACCGGCCUGCCAUGAACUACGACAAGCUGAGCCGCUCUCUACGCUACUACUACGAGAAGGGCAUCAUGCAGAAGGUAAAGGUGGCUGGAGAGAGGUACGUGUACAAGUUUACGUGUGACCCCGAGGCGCUCUUCUCCAUGGCCUUCCCUGACAACCAGAGGCCCAGCCUGAAGCAGGACCCGGACUGCCUGCCGCCGUCUGCGGGGGAGGACGACACCACCGUGCCCCUGGCCCACUACGAGGAUGGCUGUGGCCCCUACCUGGCCGACGGAGGGGAGCGGUGUGUCUCGUUACUGGGCUUCCCUGAUAACUAUUCAUUCUGAAUGUUCUGACCAAUGACGGAAUAGAGACCGCUGUCAUCUGGUACCCUGCCACACCCCUACCCCUUGUCCCCUAACUGUACACUCCUACCCUACCCGCAUCCCAUAACUACACACCACUACCCUACCCCACAUCCCAUAACUACACACCCAGAGCCCAAACGCUAGUCCCCUAACUACACACCCAGAGCCCAAACGCUAGUCCCCUAACUACACACCCAGAGCCCAAACGCUAGUCCCCUAACUACACACCCAGAGCCCAAACGCUAGUCCCCUAACUACACACCCAGAGCCCAAACGCUAGUCCCCUAACUACACACCCAGAGCCCAAACGCUAGUCCCCUAACUACACACCCAGAGCCCAAACGCUAGUCCCCUAACUACACACCCAGAGCCCAAACGCUAGUCCCCUAACUACACACCCAGAGCCCAAACGCUAGUCCCCUAACUACACACCCAGAGCCCAAACUGCUGAGCGGAUUUGGAGCUCUGAAACCCCCCUCCCCUACUCUUAUCCCAAACUCAGCUCCUCUUGCCAGUCUUGAGAUUACCCUCCCCAAGUCCCAAGGAAAAAACAGUCAAACCUGAGACGGCCAUCUUGCUUAUUCUUUGCCCUCUGUUAUCAAACUGAAUUGUGGCAAAAGGUGUGCGGUCCUCGUCAACAUAAACUGAACUGAGUGAUCUCCCUUACGGGGGUUGAGCGAGGACACUGUUCACGUGAUUAUAAUGGGACUCAAGUAAUGGGCACGAGUGUGCCAGGAUUGUAGCCAAUAGCCAUGCAGUUUCCACAAUCUGCUCGGUACGAGUAUGACAAAUAAUGGUGAGGAUAUAAAACAUUGCCCUUUUGAUAUAGCAAUUGUUUUAUGGCUUGAUCCCAAACAAAAAGAGUAGUACACUUGACACGCGCACAGGGGCUUCACCUUGGAGAGAAUCUACGACUCCAAUGAACCUUAGUACCGCAGGUGGUGAUGUAAUGUAGCUCUGUAUGCAAUGAAUGGGCCAAACACACAGGCAACCGACUGUUCUUAUUAAUCCAUAAUACAUCGUACGACUAUAAAGAAGCUGGGACACGAGUACCCCUGAGCAAGUUGCUUUGGCCAAUCAUUAAAAACAACAACACACUGAAAUCCAAUCUGAAAUGGGAGGUGGACUCCGGACUCGCUAGCUCAGCAAUCUCUUCAGACUCUGGGGAAUUGUUUUGUUUUUUCUCCCCAAAAUGUAAAACCUUCCCGGUGCUGUUUUACUCCUGAUGUGGGCGUGUCCUACCAGAUGUAUCUUUCCAAGAUGUUUUUUUUUAGCUCUUUCAUUUGACUCAUUUUGUCGUAACAUGUAAAAGGGACACGGAUACAAAACAGUAUUUUUCCUGAAGUGUUGACUUCCUAUAAAGAAGUGUGUAUUGAAAAAUACAUGUUUAUGUACUAUGACGAUGACAAAAGUACUGCAACUGUCACGCAGUGACUUCUCCAAAAACUAUAACUGCCAAUAGUAAGCUAAACAGGGGGGACUCUACUCUUCGCAUUUUCUCACAGAAAGCUGUACCAACCUAUUGCUGUACCAUUCCAGUUUUCUGCUUUUCGUAUAGUUUAUCGGGGAGUAUAUGAAACAAACAUCGAAAAUGUAAAUGUAUAUAUGAAUAUAUUUUUGCAAAGUCAUAUGUUUUGACAUUGUACACGCUGAAUGUUUGGCCUGGUAACGGGUUUGCAUCCUUUAAUUCUUGUCAUGAAGUUACGGCGUCCAUAUUAGGACACAUCCCCAGUCUCUGCAGGAGUUGUCUGUCAAGUCCUGCAAAGUCUGAGGCUGUCCUAAUAUGGACACCGUAUUAAGGCAGUGGGUUGGAGCCUAGAAAGACCUCCCCGUUGACUGUGUGGUGGGCUGUGUCGGCGUCACACGUGUGUAACAGUAUAUUUUGAUAUGAUUCUGUCUAUAUGUGGGUUGCGGGGUGUCUUGUCCACGACGUUGAAGUUAGCUGGCACUUAUACAAGUGACAACCCCCCCCCUCCCCUCCCCCGCUUCCCCACAAAAACAAUGUGUGCCUUCCACUGCUUUUGGUUGAUUUUCUAUACUGGAUACAAUAAACUAUACUUUCUGCUUCAAA